AUGCAAUCAUUGUCCAUAUCUGAUAGAGUCAAACGAAAACUUGAAUGGAACACAUUGAAGAUAAGAUGGGGUCCUGAUCCAUUAGUAUCGAACGAUGAAGUCUACAUUAAACAACCACGAACAGUACAACAAGUACUACAAGAACAAUACAAACACUUGCCAGAUGCUCUUGAAAAACAGUGUAUUGGUAAACAUAUAAAAAAAGAUACUUUUAUCUGA